UCUCUUGGGUGCGUCACCGGUGCAUGGUUCACGCGAAGCACGUUUUAACCACAGUUUUAUCGCUCCUUCGUGCCUCGCAACUCGCAUAACCAUGGACGCCGGCCAGCUUAUCGAUAUUCUCCGGGCCACCAUAGACCCAAACCAGCGAGAGACGGCGGAAAAACAACUCGAGCAGGUACACAAGAUCAUUGGCUUUGCGCCAUCUCUGCUGCAAGUUGUGAUGACGGCCAGCUUAGACAUGCCCGUGCGCCAGGCAGGCGCUAUCUACCUCAAGAACCUCGUGGUUCAGUUCUGGCAGGAGAAAGAGCCACCACCGCAGACUCAGCCACAACCGCAGCCGCUGCCUUUCCACAUUCAUGAGCAGGAUCGAGCCAUGGUGCGAGAUGCGCUCGUCGAUGCCAUGGUGCAUGCACCCGAACUCAUCCGGGUCCAGCUCUCGUCCUGCCUGGGCUGUGUUCUCAAGUACGAUUUUCCGGGCCGGUGGACAGGCGCUGUGGACAAGGUCUCCAUCUACCUGCAAUCACCUGAAAGUGCCGGCUGGGCGGGCGCGCUCCUGGCCCUGUACACACUUGUCAAGAACUAUGAGUACAAGAAACCUGAGGAGCGGGAGCCCCUGCAUGAGGCGAUGCAGCUACUGCUGCCCCUGCUGCAGCAGCGGCUGGCACAGCUGCUGGCCGACCAGUCAGAAGCCUCCGUGCUCCUGCAGAAGCAGAUCCUGAAGAUCUACUUUGCGCUUGUGCAGUACCACUUUCCCUUGGGGCUCAUCUCACGCGAAGUGUGCACCCAGUGGAUGGAGCUGCUGCGAGUCAUCCUCGAUCGACCAGUGCCCGAUGUGGCCAACCAGGUGGAUGAAGAUGAACGGCCUGAGCUACCCUGGUGGAAAUGCAAAAAGUGGGCCUUCCACAUCGUCACACGCAUAUUUGAGAGAUAUGGCAGCCCUGGAUCGGUGAGCAAGGAGUAUGUGGAGUUUGCCGACUUUUUCCUCAAGGCCUACACCGAAGGAAUCCUCCAGGUGGUGCUUCGCGUGUUGGACCAGCACAGACAGAAGGUCUACAUCUCUCCCAGAGUGCUCCAGCAUGCGCUCAACUACCUACGUCAUGGUGUGUCUCAUGCCUUCUCCUGGAAAUUCCUGAAGCCCCACAUAGUGGGCAUAGUGCUAGAGGUGGUGUUUCCCUUGCUGUGCCACAAUGAUCAGGACGAUGAACUGUGGAAGACAGACCCGCACGAGUACAUUCGGCUCAAGUACGAUGUGUUCGAGGACUUCCUGUCACCUGUGACGGCAGCCCAGAGCCUGGUGCACAUUGUGUGCAAGAAGCGUAAGGGGGUGCUGCAGCGUGCUAUGGCCUUUGUGGUGACCCUGCUGACCAGCCCGGCCUGCUCGCCCCGGCAGAAAGACGGUGCCUUGCAUCUCGUUGGCACUGUGGCUACACUUCUGCUCAAGCGCCGCAUGUACAAGGACCAAAUGGAGGCAAUGCUGGUGGCUCAUGUCUACCCGGAAUUUGGCAGUCCUGAGGGUUUCCUGCGGGCGCGUGCGUGCUGGGUGCUUCACUACUUCUGCGAGAUGCCCUUCCGCACCGAGGCCAACCUACUGCGCGCUGUCGAGCUGCUCACACACUGCCUUUUGCACGAUUCGGAACUCCCAGUGCGUGUCGAGGCAGCCAUAGCCCUUCAGGCCUGCCUCACCUGCCAAGAUAAGGCACAAGUGACUGUGAAGCCCAAGAUCAAAGAGAUUACCAUGGAGCUGCUGAAGAUAAUCCGGGAGACAGAGAAUGAUGAUCUAACCAAUGUCAUGCAGAAAAUUGUCUGCAUGUACGCCGAUGACAUUGCACCCAUUGCAGCGGAGAUGACUCAGCAUCUGGUAGCUACGUUCACCCAAGUGGUGGAAACUGGUGGGGACGGUGAUGAGAAGGCCAUGGUGGCCAUGGGGGUGCUCAACACGCUGGACACCCUGGUGACAGUGCUGGAGGAGCAGCGUGAGUUGGUGGCCAUGCUGGAGCCCACCCUGCUGCAGCUGCUGGUGGGUCAAGUGCUGGGGCAGUCCCUGCUGGAGUUCUACGAGGAGGCCCUCUCUCUGCUCUACUCUCUCUCCUGCCGGGGCCCCCUCUCGGCCGACAUGUGGAAGGCCUUCGAGGCCCUCUACCUCGCCUUCCAGAAGGACGCCUUCGACUUCUUCACUGACAUGAUGCCAGCACUGCAUAAUUUUGUCACAGUGGACACGCCUGGGUUUGUUAGCAAUGAGCACCACCUGCUGGCCAUGUACAAUAUGUGCAAAGCAGUAUUGGAAGGUGACUCUGGUGAAGACCCCAAGUUCCAUGCGCUCAAGCUUCUCGAGGUGAUCAUCCUACAGUGCAAGGGCCAGAUUGAUCAGUGCAUACCCUCAUUUGUGGAAUUGGUCAUCAGGACGCUAGCAGAAGCUGGCGCAGCCAUUGGUCUACAGGUCUUAUGCCAGCAGGUUGUCAUAGCGGCCCUCUACUACAACCCCGUGCUUCUCUUUGAGACGCUAAGCAAGAUCCAGAGGCCAGACACACAGGAAAACCUACUGGACUACUUUGUCAAGAUGUGGCUGGGCAACAUUGAGUACUUCAUGGGGCUGCAUGACCGCAAGAUGUGCGUGCUGGGGCUGUGCACACUGAUCAGCCAGCAGUCACGACCGCAGGCACUUGUAGAGGUGGCACCUCAGGUGGUUCCCUCAUUGCUGGUGCUGUUUGAUGGCCUCAAGAGGGCCUAUGCCUACCGUGCCCAGGAGGAAGAAGAAUCUGAUGAGGAGGAGGAAGAUGACGAUGACUGCGAAAAUGAGGUGCUAGACUCUGACGAGGACGAAAUUGACGACGAGGGUCAGGAGUACUUGGCGAGACUGGCUCGCCGUGCCAAGAAAGGAUCACCAUUCCCGGUAACCUCGGCGACCAUUGAAGAUGACCCAGAUGAAGACGAUGAUGACGAAGACGAGGAAGAUGAAGAAGAAGAAACGGCACUCGAAUCGUACACAACACCUCUCGACGACGAUGAGUGCCCUAUCGAUGAGUACCAGGUCUUCAAGGAAGUCAUGCAAGGCCUUCAGAGUGCAGACCCAAUGUGGUUCAGUGCCCUGACCUCAGGUUUAUCUGCUGAACAGCACAAGUCCCUACAGGAAGUGUAUGUGCUCGCUGACCAGAGGAAGGCAGCCGCAGAGUCAAGACGGAUUGAAAAGAGUGGUGGCUACGUGUUCCAGAACCAGACAGUGCCCACAUCAUUCAACUUUGGUGGUGCUCCUCUCUGCUAGCUGCCACAGCUUAAUGAAGGCAUUCCCUCUUUUUUUCCCAAUUCGCUCUGUGGCUUGCCUUUUGUUUAUCGUUCCUUUUUUAGCCUCUGGUGUUUUUCUUUACUUUGCUGCCUUUUCUCUCGAGACGAGGCUUCUUCUUUCUGCUGUGUGGGACACCGCCAAGAGACACUUUCCUGCCGGUGCGACUGUACCCAGGGAGGCAUUGCACUUGUGGUACUGGACUGUAGAUGCACAGCUGCCGGUGCCACCCAUCCGCUGGGAGUAUGUUCCUAAAUCUACGUCUGCUGCAUUGCUGCCGAUGACACCAGCGGCAGUCUUCGCCCUGUCUGCCUUGAUCGAACUCGUGGAUUGCUGCUUAUGGUUAUCAUCGGUGCUCAAAGGAGUUGGGAGAAACGACUGCCACUUAAAACACCAAAGCGACCUUGUGUGUUGCGGCGAUUUCCCAGGUGUGAGUUGAUAUGUGUGUGGCCACGCACUCGCCCAUUGCCGAGUCUCUCCGGUUCUCAGAUCAGUGGGAGAAUGCUGGUUCGUUCACGGUACGGGAAAAACUGACAAGCUCAGUUUGGCUAUCAACUUCUCUCGUCGUGCCGCUUUCCUCAUCAUCCAGACAGCAUGUGAUGUGGUGACGAGUGUGUGCUGUUUGUGUGCCGGACACAUUUCAGUGAAGCGAAAACUGUGGCAGUAGUAUCCCGGCAGAAGAUUUGUGAGAAGUACAGUUGUUUGUGCAACUCUCUUCCACCUUUGUAGACAUGUGCUUUUCUGGGGGAAAAAAAAUUUGGGGGCCUUUUGUCACAUUCAAGUGUGUAAAGCAUGCAUAUAUUUUGACAGCGAUGGGGCUUUGUUGUACAGCUGCUUGAUUAUGCCCCCCUCGCUUUGUUUCUUGUACCUUUGACCUUCGAUCAUCUGGGCUGCGGCUGUGUGUGCUUGGGCUUCGACCUUUGUGGCUGCAGAACAAGGCUUAGUGGCCAGUAUGCCCAAUUGUAACUCUGUGGGAAAGAGAGUGGGUGGUUGUGGCCUGCAUGAUAAGAGCCACUAGUGUACAAAUUGAAGCAAGUGGUGCGUUGUGAAAAAGAGGCUACUAUUUUUUCCUUUGUCACUCUUAGUGCACGCACUGCAUGGCACCUAGUGUGGUGAUGAAAUGGACAUGGAACACUGAGUGGCAGGGAGACAGAGAUGAAUUUAAAAUGACGGUUGUUGCCUUAAAGGUGUGCAAAAGAGGCUUGCGUGGCAGUCUCGUGUUUUGAAUUUUGCAUUUGGAACUGUGAGAGUACUGGCAAAAAUAAAAUUUAUCAACACAA